UAUAAUUUUAAUGUUUUAGUUUUAAUUGUUUAAUUUUUAUUAUUUUUAUUAUUUGAUUAAAACUUUUUAUUAAAAUUCUUAACAUGAUAGCCGCAUUGGUUUUAAAAUAGAAACAUAUUCAAUAACUUGCUUUCUGUGUCUUUGUUAACUUCGCGUACCCAGUUUACUCGGUUUUAGAUCAGGCUGAAAAAAAUCAGCUUUUGCGUUGUAAACGUACGUUUGAAGUCAGAAACGUUUAUACAUCAGAAGAAAGAGGACACUCGGAAGUAGUAUGGUAUACAUUCUGAGCUCAUCUAUAUGUUUAGAAAAUUGAUUCUUACGGAAUAUGAAAGAUCCAGUCGAACAUAAAAUAACAAAUUUAAUUCACUAAAUGCUUAUUUAAUGUGAGCUAUUAGUAAUUGCAUGACUGUAUCUAACAGAGUCCAGUUGUUGAAAUGCACACUCAAAUUUUAGCGGAAACUGAAUUAUAGAAUAUUUGGACAGUCUCGCGCAAACAGAGUUAAAAUGAUUGUAGAACGAGAUCACUUUGUUAGGCACACAUACCUAUGCAUCUUUUUAAUUUAAAUUGUUGAAUCGGUAUUUCAUCAAACGGAAUUUUGCCACCUGAAUUUCGGCAAUUGUCGAGAUUCCGAAAGAACAACAAUAAUAAUUAUUACCCUAUUAGCAAUUCUGCAAGUAGUAUUGCUAGAGUACAAAUAAAAUUCGAUCGUCGGGGUUAUAUAACUUUUAUUUUUUUUUGUACUUUCUAAUUUAAAAAUUGAGUUUAAGGAACUAAGCCUUGCCCUAAGUCUUCUCCUAAGUAAAAGUCACAAUGAGCUACGGGAUAAAAAAAUGUUUUUGUCUGCAAGUCUUACGGUUUAAGCGUUUUUCAGAGAUCAAGGUCCAAAAAGGACCCGGCAGUGUGUCCCAAGAUGUUUUAAUAUACUUCAAGCUGGAGAGUUCGGGUUUGUUUUAUUUUAAAGUAGACACCUAACUACAUGGACUGACAAGAGCCGAUAUUUUGUUUCAGCCUUUAUUGGUUUUUCAGAUAACCAACAAUCUCCAAAACCCGAAAAAUCCUCUAUUUGACAAAAAACUAGGAUCUAAUUCAACAAUCGGCGCUUGCUCAAUUUUAGGACUUCUAGGAAAAUGCCUAUAACUAUUUGAUACAAGGUCAUAUAGAGCAGCGCGAGGUCUUAUUUUCAUCAGAAACGUUUGCUCUACAAAUCUGUCUGUUCAAAAAAAUUCAAUUACAAAAGUAUCCAGGAAUACGCUGUUAUUUGAAGAUCCGGUUUUCCGAGACUCCUAGACAACUUGAUCAAAAUCCCCGAAAACUCAGUUCUGUAACCAAAAGCGAUGCGGAUUCUGAAAGUAGACACCUUAAGCUACCUUUCCAUGCGCUUAUCUCAAAACCAAUUUUUUUAAAGAAAAUCACAAUUUCUGAGGAGGACCACUUAACGAACAGAGAACCAUUCAGUUCAAAAUAUAGUAGUUGCGAAUAUUUUUCGAAUAAGGAAGUAGCGCCUGCGUUUUAGCAGUUUACGUCCAGCACCUGCGAAUAUCCAGUUAUUAAAUGUAACUUUAAGUGCUCACUCAUCUCUAUAUAUCAUUUAAGGCUCUCCCUGCCAAUCAGAAACCUAUUUUCCACACAGAAUUCUGAUACAUUUUUAAGAGCUAACCAGAAAACGGUUAUAGCUUUUAACGAAAGUCGCACGGGGUUGUGCAAUGUUCCAUUCUGGCUAGAAAGAUUUGCUCUAUAGAUCUGUGCGCUCAGAAAAUAAUUUAAUUGCAAAAACAUUAAAGAAAAAACAAGUAUUCGAAUAACUUAUUUUUCAAGGCUUGUAGAAAACUUUCUCUAAAACCCUGAGAAAUCACGUUUUAGGAAGAAAACGAUACAGAUUCUGACACGAUGACAGUUUGGACUACCCAACCAUGUAUGAAUCUCAAAACUGAUUUUUUCGACAAAAAUCGACCUUUUUGAGUGGGUUGAAAGAGCCUUAAGUAUUAAUUUGAGAGAUCAAAAUAUUUAGAUGCCAUCUGUGAACUCUCUUCUCUGCCUUGAGUGUAGAGAAGACAUUUUUCUAAAUUCUUCUUUUUAAAAAUCGAAUCUUGCAGGUACAUGGGAACGGGUUUCGCUGGAUAGUCUUUCGACCCAAAACUUAUUGUGUUAUACGUGUUUUGAUGCACUGAUUCCAAAAAUAUCACUGGUUUUAAUAAAAACUUGUGUUGCGCGGAGAAAAAUAGAACCAGAAUGAAAGAAAAAUCAUAAGAUUUUAGAUAACUUCGUGAAUGGUCUGACAAAAAAGUGCAUUGUACUGUGAGAUCAGUCGAUUCACAAGAGUGCAGCGACAAAGUUUGAGUCAUAUAGGUUGCGUGAAAAAUGGUGAAAAGUUAUUGUACUGAUGAUUAUAUUUUUGGAAUAUCAGUUAGAGAGAAAAAUAAUUGUUUCUUCUAGAUAGACUCAUCUUAAAAGAGUUUCUUUUUUAUUAAUAACAUGCUCCGGUCACAACCAUCAUUUCUCAUUACUGUUUUGUGAAACUCCCUCACUAUCUUCGAAGAAGAGAGAGUAACAGUUUUAUACGUAAAACCCGCUAUUUUUAAAAUAAAUUUGAGUGGGAUGAAAUAGCCUUAAGUAUUAAUUGGAGAGAUCAGAAUAUUUAGGCGUCAUCUGUGAGCUCUCUUUGCUACACUUGCGGAUUCCAUGUUAGAUGUUCUAUCUAAUAUAGCAUCAGACUCUAACUAACAUAUUCCAUUUAUUUUAGUUUUGAAUCCGAGAAUGGUGUUGGUCUGUUCCAAAUGGCCGUCCAUGAAAUUGGCCAUGCAUUAGGUCUCAGCCAUCGAAAUGAUCACAAAGAAUCAGUAAUGUAUGCAAUUUAUCGAGGAGCGCAAUUUACAGAACUGGCGCUUGUAGAUCAAAGAGCUAUACAAGAUUUAUAUGGAAGGCGACAAAAUGAACCGGCUGGUGAACAAGCUGAUAUUUUACUCAGCGACAUGCCAAUAGCAAUGGAAGAAAACGCAAUUCAUAUUGCCAAGAAAGCUGUAAAGAAACAUUUUAAUGAUGCAUACAUUGUAGCGAAAGAAAUAAAAAGAAAAUUUGAUGAAAGAUAUGGAUCAGGAUGGCACUGUGUGGUCGGUUCAAACUUUGCCUCUUAUAUUACAUCGAAAACGAAACAUCAUUUGUAUGUUAAGAUUAGAAAUCAAUGUAUAUUAUUAUUUAAAGCGGCGGAUUAA